CAGGCAGCCUUGAAGGUCAGCUUCCCCAACGCACAUCGAUUUGACAUGGAGAUGCCCUGAAACCUCUCGGCUGCUGGCUCCAGUUUAACGGGGUUGCAGUGAUUCAGAUUCCACCACUAGAGUUCUCCCUGUGGCUUCGCAGCUCCGCUCGGCUCCGUCUGCCCCGUGUUUACCUCUCAGCCAAGCUGGACACAGACCUUCACCAACAGACCCCAGUAGCUCGAAAAUUACUGAUGUAAGCUGACUCGAGUCCAAUCCUUAAAGGAUUUUCUGCAGCGCUGUGUGCUUGUGACACGGAGGCGGAGUUGUCAUGAAUAAGGAAAUCAUGUCACGUGUGGUGAAGAAGAGGCAGGCGGACCCUAAGGUCGUCCAGUAUGUCUGGGAGGCCAUCGAGGUCAUACGCAACCAGAAACAAAUCGCAAACAUGGACAGGAUCUCAAAGUACCUGAGCCGUGUGUUUGGCAUGCAUCCGAAGGAAACCGCCAGACAGUUGAGCCUGGCUGUGAAGGACGGCCUGGUGGUGGAGACCCUGACUGUUGGCUGCAAGGGCUCCAAGGCCGGAAUCGAGCAAGAGGGAUACUGGCUGCCUGGGGAUGAGAUGGAUCCGAAAGCCGAGGGAAGCAAGGUUAGUAAUCACUCAGCGGACAGACCAGAGUUUGAAUGUGAGCAGCACUCUGAAGCAGGGCCUAGAUGGAGGCCAGUUCUCCCACUGCAGGACUGGGAGACGGAGAGCCACGACUGGUACUGCUUCGAGUGUCACCUACCGGGCGACGUCCUCACAUGUGACAACUGCUUCCGAGUCUAUCAUCUCAAGUGUCUGUCGGACGAGUGCAAGCCCAGAGACGGAGGAUCUCCCUGGCAGUGCGUCGUCUGUAGGGGAAGUAAAAAGAAGAACUUAAACAAACAGGAGAUGUGUAAAUACCUGCGCUUCAUUGUCCAGCGUAUGAAGGAGAGGGCAGUGGACCUGAACAAAAAAGGCAAAGACACUAAACAUCCCAUGUACAGACGACUGAUCCACACUGCACUGGACGUCUCCAACAUCCAAGAGAAUCUGUCUGAAGGAAAGUACAAGAGUUUUGAAGAGUUCAAAGCAGACGCUCAGAUGAUUGUUCACAACACUGCCAUACUGUAUGGAGUUCACAGCGACCAGGCAGAGAUUGCACGGUUGCUCUUCAGUGACACGUGUCAUGAGUUGAAUGAGUUGUUGCUAUGCAAGAACUGUUUCUACCUGUCGAACGCCCGGCCCGACAACUGGUUCUGUUAUCCCUGUAGCCCCAGCCAUGACUUGGUUUGGGCCAAAAUGAAAGGUUUUGGCUACUGGCCAGCCAAGGUCCUGCAGAGAGAGGACAACCAGGUGGACGUACGCUUCUUUGGACAUCAACACCAGAGAGCGUGGAUCCCCUCAGAGAACAUCCAGGACAUCAAGGUGAGCGUGCAGCAGCUGCAGGUGAAGCGCAGCAAUGGUUGGAAAAAAGCGUGCGAGGAGCUGGAGGUGUACCAGCGCUUCCUGAGAGAGGGACGCUUCUGGAAAACGAAGAUGGAGGACGGCAGCCCGCCACACCAACAGAGUCAGCGGCAGCAGCAGGAGGAGGGCAGCAUGAGGACGGACAGGCUGGAGCGGACGGACGAAGCAGAGUCCAGCAUCUCCUCCACCAGCAAUGAGCAGGUCCGCCAUCUGAAAGGCAGCCAGGAGCCCAAGGCAAAGAAAAGCCGUCGGACUCACACGGUUGAGCCCAAAGAGGAAGUCAGUGACCCGGAGCCGGAGAUGGAGGCCGUCAGCUCCAGCCAGGAGAUCCCGGUGUCGUCGGCACCGCAGCAGCCAGAAAAGCUGUCGGUGUCCACGCAGACCAAGAAGGCCAACGGGGGGUCACCGCGCACGCUGCACCGCGGCACGCAGACCAACAGCGAUGGCGCCUGUCAGAACAUGUGCCACGAGAAGUACACCAAGGUCUUCAACGACGUGAAGGAGAUGAUGAAGGCCGACAACAAGAGGGAGACGGAGAGGGUCGUCAGAGAAGCUCUGGAGAAGCUCCGUGCAGAGAUGGAGGAGGAGAAACGCCAGGCGGUGAGUAAGGCGGUGGCUGGAGCUCAGGCGGAGAUGGAGAGGAAAUGCAAGCAGGUGAAGGAGAAGUGCAAAGAGGAGCUGGUGGAGGAGGUGAAGAAGCUGGUGGCUCAACACAAACAGCUCAUCUCCCAGACCAAGAAGAAGCAGUGGUGUUAUAACUGCGAGGAGGAGGCCAUGUACCACUGCUGCUGGAACACCUCGUACUGCUCCAUCAAAUGUCAGCAGGAGCACUGGCACGCCGACCACAAACGAACCUGCCGCAGGAAGAGAUGAAUGAACAAGCCCCGCCCCUACCCGACCUUACGCAGCACGCCAUUGGCUCUCUCCUCGCCUCCUCCUGUCAGUCAGUGUCUACAACAAACACACACACUCUUCUCCCUCCUGCUUCUCGACUUGCCUUCCUGAAAACUUUGUGGACCCGAUGUUUUUGUGCGUGCCGAGCGGUUUUGUUUCUAUUAUUUAAUGUACCCAUUGUAUUGAUUUUACUUUCUACGCUUUUAUUUUUUCUGAACAGUGAACAGUUUGUUCAACAGCAUGGCUCGAAUGAGUUAUGACUUUUUUUUUUUCUUUUUUCUGUUUUUUUACUGAAGUGCUAAUUUUGUGUUGGAGAAUGUGUUAUUUAAGUGUGUAGGAACAGAUGAGCAUUAACUGAAUACAUUUUAUUACCUGACUUUUUAAAAGAAACCUUUUUCUUACUGUAAAUGCAGCAAAGCGCACGCCGUCGAUCCUACAGAACAUUUAAAAAAGGUACCGUAAGCACCAUCACAGCAUCCGACUAACUCCGCUUUCAUACAGAAAACUGAUUUUAAAAGGAAAAAAAACAACAAAAAAACCAUUAAAUUGUGGAUAAAAAGGCUCGCUGACUUUAAUGCAAUUUAUUCUUUUCACAAAUCGAUUGCGGUGGAUCGCACCUUUUACCAUUUUUACCUAAAAUUUUAUUGUCCUAAAGUCACGUAUUGGGAACAGGGUCAUAAAGUCGGCUUUAAAAGAUGCCGACCAAAAAAAAGAAAUCUUCCAUGAGAGAUUUUUAUUGUAAUUAUGCACAUUUUUGGUUUCUUUUUUGGGGGGACUAGACUGUUUUUUAUGAGUCGGAUAAAACCAGAAAGUUUUGAGUUUGUUCUGAAGUCGAGGGGAUGUACAGCAAUCUUUCCUGAGCUGGAUCUUAGAGAGGUUACAUGAUUUGACAGUAAUUUUUUUUUUUUUUUUUUUUGCACAUUUCAUUUUCUUAACAACCCAAAUGCUUGUAAUAUUGCCAAAAAAAGUCGCACCUUUUGAUGAACCUACCUGAGAACAUCUGGCGGCGACUCCUCUCCUCUCUUCGCCCUCCUGCAGUGUAUUUAAAAAAGGAAAAAAAAAGAUGUAUAUUUUCCGGAGCGUCGUCUGUCAUUUUUCUAGUGACGUACACUCGAGAUUCCUCAUCAUUUCCUUUUUCUUUCUUUCCCUUUAAUCUGAAGUGACUAGCUAUGAGACUCUUUCACUGCGUAUGCUGUAGUUGGUGGUCAGUGCCUGUUUCUUCUUCUCAUCCUCUCUCCCAGUGAGGCCACAUGCAUGUAGAUAGUUUCAUAGUUUUUUCAUUCAUUAAGGGAAAAUAAGCAGGAAGAAAAGACCAGACGUCUGGUCUCCAUAAAGAAGUGAUCAUGGAUGGACCAAUAUAAAAAAUAUGCAAAUUUAACUUUCUUUUCCUCCCCCUGUGCUCGAUGUUGAGUGUUGAUGAUGUCUAAUUACGGUGCUUGGAAUCACUUUUUCUUUUUUUUUCCUUUUUUUUUAAUGAGGCAAUAAAAUUGCCAGUUUUUUUUAAUGUGUUUUUGUUUUUUAAGUCUGUUUCCUCAGUUAUGAAAGAUGAGAGAAACUCUCUUUACCCCAAGUUGCCUUUUUCCUUUAACAUAUGAAAAAUAAGACGCCGUGAAUUCUCAGAUGGUGGGCAGCCCUGUAGUUUCAGCGCUGUUCGCUGUGAACCAAGCCUCCAUCCUUCCACGCUACAGAAUCAUUGUAUGCACUACGUGCUGUGUUUUAGCAGUCGAAUGUUUGAGGAAAUCGGCUUUCUCCAACAGCAACAUGCAAUAUUUGCCCCAGUGAUCACCAGCUAAUCAGGCUGUUACACUUUAUUCUUUUUAGUUUUUCAAAUAAUAAUAAUUCAAAUAAAAUAGAGCAUUUUCUUAACCUUUUUUUUUUUUUUUUAAGAUAAAUAAUAUUUGUCGGUGUUUCCAGCUGUGAGUCAUGAAAAGCUACACUAGUAGAAAAUAUAGAGCUGAAAUGAGUUUAACGAGUCCUGUUAAUGUGCAGUGAACACACCAACUCUGUUACAUCAGAAAUCUUCUUAUUCUCUUAAAAAUGGGCCCGAUUAAAUAAAACCCAUUUAAACAAAGUGGUUAAAACUUGUUCCAGUGCUGGAUGUUUUCAUGGUUUCUUCUUUAUGAAACAUCUGAGCGGUCCAAAAACACUGUAAUAGAAUCCUAAUUUAAUGUAGUAAUUGUGAGAAACUCCAACAACACAAACCAACACAGAGCUUAAAAUAAUCUCUUCAUUGUAAAAGUGCCUGUUUUGUUUGACCAGUUCACACAAAACCUAAAUAAACGCUCACAUUUAAGAAGCAAAUACAUAAAAGGUAAUUUUAUUCACCAACCCUCAAAAACCGAGUUAGUAAUCAAUAUUUACUUUAUGUAAUCUGCACACUUCACUGCAUGCUACCAUUAACAUGUAGUGUGAAAUUUUUACGAGCUCUUACUUUAACCUUGAACAGCUUUUAUUGUGAAAUUGGAGGAAAUGCAUUUCAUUAACAGGAAGUUGGAUGGGUAGACUGGUGUAGCUUUUACGUUUCUCAACACGGCUAAAGAAAUCAAUAAAAUGAAGAUUCCAAAUGUCUGCAGCAACAAUCGCAAAUAUAUGUUUUAAUGGUUUUAUAUUUUUUUAUUCAGUGAUCUUUUUGACUUUUUUGUGGGGAAAUACUGCAUAUGCUGUGGGUUACUUUUUACCAUCAGAUUAAUCCAGUUUACUAAUCAGGACUUGUGUGAAUUAAGAAUUAAGCAACACGUCACCAGAGACGACUAAGGUUUGUCUCUGUGCAGUAGUUGCGCUGACAGUGUAUAACACACACACAGCCUCACUAAUGAGAUUAAUUCAUUGUUGGUUUUACUGUUUACUGAAUUUGUUGAUAAUGAACCUAAACCGUGAUUUUGGGCUGCCCACUAUUAGAGAAUUUACGGUAACGGUUGUUCCUCUGAGACGUCCCUCAGACAUGAAAACUCAUUCAAUCCUUUCAUGAUGUGAUGUGUGCGUUACUCCGGUCAUGUUCUCAUAGCUCACAGUUCUCAUCUUCAGUGCACUACAUGUAAAUAAAAACAUCCUUCUGUCCCCUCCGUCAUCUUAUUUGUACAUUGUAAAUGAUUUUUUUUUCUUUUUUUUCCUGCGGAUGACUGUUAAUUGUAGUUUUUUACAAUCAUAUCAGCUCUGUGUGUAUGUGUCUGUGUGUGUGUGCGCGCGUUUCAGAUUUAGUUAUUGUUCUUUUAAACUUCAGUGUGUCUCAACAUUUCAGCAUCUUUUUUUAGAAGCCGACCGUUUUCCGAACUGGACGCGGGGUUUGUGUUACAUGUGACCUGCGAGGCUGCAGCUUUGUUUUUUUUUUUCUUAUUGUUUUUAUAUUUGUCCAUCCAGCCAUGAAGCUUUCGACGUGAUUUUUAUUUUAAACCUUUCUUUUUCUGGCCACGUGUAAAGCUUUGUGAUGCCAUUCCAGCUUUAACUGCAUGAGUAAAGGUGUACCUCCAGCUCCUCGUUCAGUUUCUUCCCCUCACGUAAACAAAAGAAAAGGCGUGAUUGCACUCCUUCAGAGUAACGCAAUAUGACAAUGAUUUAUAUUUUUCCCCUCUCGAGGCUGUUUUCAGCUUGAAUAAGAGUGAAUCGAUCAAAUUGUCCGAUCAUAUUUGCCUUUUCGCUGUUCUUAUUUCGGGGUAUUUUAGUACAUGAUACUGUGUACUCUGUGAAUCCUCCUUGUACUUUAAGUACUUUUAACAGGAAUAAAAUCAGUGUAAAGGUUUCUUUGUUCUCACCUCCUGUUGUUCUGUCCAUAUGUAAACUUUUACUCGUGGCUUAACAUUUUCUAUGCUUUUUUUUUUGUUUCCCCCCUUUUUCUUUGACACUUUAGCUAGCAAUAUGUAUAUAAAUAUAUUCUAUGUGCUAACAUGGAGGAAAUAAAUGUAUCAACAAGUU